GUGUUCGAAUCAUCUCUGGGAGGCGUCUCGUUCUGACUCGCACUCAGCGCGGUUUCAGCCAAUCAGAGCGAAGCACUGAAGUCACUCACUCUCGCGUAAAAUGGCGACGGCUGAGCCGGAAUCAAACUCAGUUUCUUGUAAGAGUGAAGAGGAGAACUCAGAAGAGACGAAUCAGGAGAUCGUUGGCCCUGAGAGCUACAUCAAACACCCCUUACAGAACAGGUCGAUUGUUUCUGUUUUUUCAUUGAAGUGGUGUUUAUGGUUCUUCAAAAAUGACAAGAGCAAAACAUGGCAGGCUAAUCUCAGACUGAUCUCCAAAUUUGACACAGUAGAGGAUUUCUGGGCGCUUUAUAACCACAUUCAGCUCUCCAGUAACUUGAUGUCAGGAUGUGACUACUCACUUUUCAAGGAUGGUAUUGAGCCUAUGUGGGAGGAUGAGAGGAAUAAAAGAGGAGGCCGCUGGCUCAUGACUCUCAACAAGCAGCAGAGGAAGUAUGACCUGGACCGCUUUUGGUUGGAAACUCUGCUGUGCCUCAUCGGAGAGGCCUUCGACGACUACAGCGAUGAUGUGUGCGGGGCUGUAGUCAACGUCCGAACUAAAGGAGACAAAAUCGCCGUCUGGACAACUGACUACGAGAACAGAGAGGCUAUAACGCACAUAGGGAGGGUGUACAAGGAACGAUUAGGCAUCCCUAUGAAUAUGACCAUUGGCUACCAGUCUCAUGCUGACACGGCCACUAAGAGUGGCUCCACCACUAAGAACAAGUUUGUGGUCUGAAUAUCUUCAAGGGCCUGAAUCUUCUCUCUCUCUCUCUCUUUCUCUCACUCUCUCUCUCUAUUCUGUCUAUUUCUCUGCCUCUUAAAACCAAAGCAACCAAAAACCAGACUGGACUGAACUGCCAUGAAACCCCCUGCAAGUACACUUUUCCCAAAAGCCCUUCACAAACACACUCCUGGACGUCAACUUGCACAACCAAUGAGGUUUGCAGCACAGACGAAAUUUGAAAAUAGCAGUACCUCUGCUGCUUGUUACAUUCACACACGUUUUAUAAGUAUUACUUCUGUAUCAUGCUACACUACACACAUUCAUGCUUUAACUCACUAAACAUUCACACAUCACUACACAGUUUCCUGAGAAAAAAAGAUGCGCAUAAUGAAGCCACAUUCAUUGUUUACCCCUGGCAAGUCUUGUUCACAGUUUGUAAAGUAUUUAAUAUAGAUUUUUUUUUGUUUUUGUUUUUGGAAGAAAUUGUCCAUUUAUUUAAUGGCAGAGGAAAGGAAAUGUCUGUGUUCUUUUAUCCAGCAGCUUUGCUGCUUCAGUGCCUAAUGAACAUAAGCAUUUUAAUUUAUUCUGAUUAAUCGUCAACAUUUCAUUGAGAUGGUAUUUGGCCAUUGAGUGCAUGUAAUCAAGCUAAUCUACAUAGAGCUGCCUUGCGUCUUAAAGCAUUAACUUGAUUAAAUUUGGGGGUUUGCAAUUCAAGAUAAGUGUUUUAUAUUGUGAAUUUUUGAUGCAUCUUAAGUUUACAUUCCUUGUUAGAAUAGUAAACUGUGGUUUUUUUUUCAGUGCUGUAAUAGAUGAAUGUGCUUGUCUGGAUGUCAUUGGCUUGAGUUGGCUCUUCAAUAAGGUAGCAGCAUUAUCAAAUAGGCCCUGAAAAUAAAAUAGAUUCAUGUUGAUUCAGUUUAUUUCACUGAAAAGGGGGAAAGGCGUUUCGGUAUUCAUCAGCAUAGUGUUGCAGGAUGUUAAAUGGAUAAUUAAUUAUUCAGAACAUAUAAUCUCACCAUGGUAGAUCAAAGAGGUGGCCUAAAUAUCUUGACUGUGGAGAUGAAGAACAAACAAAGCAUAUUAUUAAUAAAGAUAAUGUAUCUGCAUUUUUCAGGUGGAA